GUUUAUGACUGAUCUCCUACUGCUCAUAAAAAGCUAAAAAAUGAAAUACUGUAAGAUAUCUAUCAUUCUCCUAUAUAUAAUUGUCGUGAUGAGCAUGUCGGCAAAGGCUGAAGUUUCAACAGAAGUCACCUGUCAGGACCAAGAACUCAGUAAUGUUCAGAUUUUAAUGGGACAUCCAGGUAUCACUGCACCUUAUCUACCUGGACAUGUCUUAGUUUUCAAAUGCACUGAUGUCAACAUGAAGAUGUACGGCCAACGAACAAUCGAAUGCCAAUCAAAUGGAAAGUGGGACUACCCAUAUCCAAAAUGUUUAGAAACAGCAUGUGUUGCAAACCUAGCAAACAUGAUCAUAGAGGGAUGCCCUCAUCCUGGGGUUGUAUACAUGCCUGGCGACAGAUUAAAGGUUUCAUGUGUUCAGGGACUCAUUUUACAAGGACCAGAUGUCAUCACCUGCCAGGAAGAUGGACAAUGGAGCAGUCCAUUUCCCUCAUGUGUUGGUAAUGCAACAUGUAGCUUGUUUUUUUAUCGUUAUUUAGUGCUGUUAAAAAUCAGAUAACAGCAACACAGCAAUGCACUGAAAAUCACUAACAUUACCUUAGUAAACACGUGCUCUAACAAUGCAUUGGCAACAAUUCAAAGUAUUUUUGAAUUGAUAUGCAUAAACUCCUCUUAUGAAAUCUAGUUUAUUGCU